GACUGCCGCGAAGUCGCUUCAAUUGAUCACGCGUCGUUGUCCAAGUUUAAAGCCAAAAGACCAGCUUCGUCAUCGGCCCACACAGUUGAACUUGAAGUUUUUACAAGAUAUUUUAAGUUAUAAACAUAAAAACAACCGUGCUUACUUCCAAAACAGAUAUAAUCAAUUAAAAUCGCGUUGUGUUGCACCAAAGUCAAAAUGCGAAUCAUUCGUUCAAACCUUGUUGUGUUCCUGGGAUUAUGCGUCCUGCUUCUUCUGCCAUUUUCUUCAGCCGGAAAAGUCAAAUUACUGGCCUUUAAGGGACCACGCGCUGGAUUUGUGGGUCUUAAGGUCCGCGGCCCCAAAUUACUGGAUCUCAAGAGCGGCUUAAUUGGUGGGGCAGCUGGAUUCGGACUUGGAGCGGCUGUGGGAGCGAAGUUGGGCGCAGGACUUGCUGGAAGCCACGGAGGUGGUCACGGAGGUGGAUACGGUGGAGGAUACGGAGGAAGUUAUGGCGGAGGCUACGGCGGUUACGGGGGAGGAUUCGGAGGAGGGUAUGGCGGUGGCUUUGGAAGAAGCAACGGUUACGAGCAUCACGAGCACUAUGAGCAACAUGAAUACCACCAGGAAAGUCACAGCGAAGGAAGCUCAGGAGGCGGUCUGUGGGGAAAAUAAGACUAUAUUUCAAGUUCUAGCUUUAUGAUCAUGUGCUUGCCAUCAAAAUCGAACAUUAUUGUUAUUUAGUUGUAAUUCAUUUGUUCAUUUGCAUAGGAAAUAAAAAUGUAUUUUAGCAAAUUAUA